UUGCAUUGUAUUAUAUCAGCAACUUUACGAAGCUUUGCUGAUGAGCAACCGAUUUCAGAAUAUUCGAAUUUGAAGCGUGGAAACUGGGACAAUGAAACGGAAUUUCGCCUUUCCGUCGUGGGACUCACUGUUGGACUAGGAAGUAUUUGGCGAUUUCCGACGUUGGCUUAUGACAAUGGAGGAAGUGCGUUUCUGUUCCCUUAUCUGGUAUGUGUUGUGUUUGUCGGAUUGCCGAUGAUGUAUCUUGAGAUGGUCGUUGGCCAGUACACAAAUACAGGACCUUCCAUGAUCUUUAGACAUUACAUCCCGGCACUGCAAGGAAUCGGCUGGACAAUGGCCAUUACGUCGAUGAGUAUUUGCCUAUACUAUUGUGUCGUUGUUGGUUGGAGUGGGUUCUACUUUGUUCUCUACGCAAUUGGCUACCAUAAAAAGCUGAUCAAAUGUGAUAAUGAUUGGAAUGACUUCUAUUGCUUCAAUGAGUACGAAAUGGAUAAAUGUAGACUUCUAAAUGCUUCGCUUCCCAUUUUCUUCAACGGUACAUGCAUAUCGGAAACGAAUGAAGUGGUGAAAAGAAUGAUGUCCCCAUUUAAUCAGUACUUUGUAAACGUUUGCUCAAAACGAUCCACAGGUGUUGAUGACAUCGGAGCAAUGAACUGGAUCACUUUAUCCUCAAUAAUUGCGUUGUACCUCAUGAACUUCUUUGUAUUGAUGGACGGCUUUAAGUUUCUGGGAAAGAUGGGAUACGUAACAUCGAUAGCUCCUUAUAUCAUCGUCACAAUUCUCUUGAUUCGUGCAGUCACUCUUGAAGGUGCUAGUGAUGGUGUUUCCCAUUUUCUGGGCAAACCGGAUUUUGACAAGAUGUUUGACCCUGAGACAUGGAUAACAGCAUUAGUUCAAAUAUGCUACACCAUGGAAGUGGGAUACGGUGGUAUUUUGACGUUGGCCUCUUACAAUCAUAAACACAAUAACUGCUAUAAGGAAGGUAAACUACCGGAUGAUUGGGAAAUUGCAACAUAUUUUAAUGAAUUCAUAUUCAGGGUUGCCGUUGGUCUUCGUUGCCUAUCCAGAAGCGAUGGGAAAAAUGCCGUAUCCAAGAAUAUGGGGCGUACUCUUCUUUUCAAUGCUCUUCUGUCUUGGUCUAAGCUCAUUAGCAGGUGA